GGUCGACACGAACCCAACCCAGCCCAACCACCUCGCCAGUGAGCGCCUCCCUCCCGUCUCCUCCCUCCUCCCCCUCUGCUGGUCACCACUCCGAAUCAAAUCACUGCUCCCCCAGCUUCCUUUACCUUCGCAGCAAGCAAGCCGGUACCAUCAAGCUAGAUCGCGGGGAAGCUCCUCGCCUCCCCCAUCGGCGCUGCUCCGGCGCGCAGAAGCGUCCUCUCGCGGCGGCCGGGGAGACAACUCCGCGCCGCCAGUUGCGGCGGCGGCGGCGGCUUCCGUGAGGUGGCCUUUGGCCCCAGGGGCGGCGGGCUCGUGGCGGCCGGCGGGAUGAACAGCCACGCGGCCGGAACAAGCAACGGCGGAUCCGGGGAUGCGGCCGCCGGGGGCGCGGCCAGGAGGAACACCAGGAUGCCUAAGUAUUCCAAGUUCACACAGCAGGAGCUGCCAGCUUGCAAGCCGAUUCUUACUCCAAAAUGGGUUGUCUCUGUUUUCUUCAUCGUCGGAGUCAUCUUUGUUCCCAUUGGUGUUGUUUCACUGAUAGCUGCAAGAGAUGUUGUUGAGAUUAUUGAUCGGUAUGAUGAGGCAUGUGUGCCAGGCAACAUGACUGAUGACAAGCUUGCCUACAUCCAGAAUGAAACCAUAUCCAAAGAGUGCAUAAGGAAUCUUACGGUUACAAAGGAUAUGAAGCAGCCUAUUUUUGUGUAUUAUGAACUCGAUAACUUCUACCAGAACCAUAGGAGGUAUGUAAAGAGCCGAAAUGAUGCACAGCUAAGAGAUGCUAGUAAAGCUAACCAGACAUCCGCUUGUGAACCUGAGAAGACCACGGCUAAUGGGCAACCAAUUGUUCCUUGUGGCCUCAUUGCUUGGAGCUUGUUUAAUGAUACAUAUAAUUUUACUCGUGGUACUGAGAACUUGACAGUGGACAAGAAAGACAUCUCCUGGAAGAGUGAUAGGGAGCAUAAAUUUGGUAAAGAUGUCUAUCCGAGCAACUUCCAGAAUGGUGCACUUAAAGGUGGAGCAACACUUAACCCAAAGAUCCCGUUGAGUGAGCAAGAGGACCUCAUCGUUUGGAUGCGGACUGCAGCACUUCCUACAUUCAGAAAGUUAUAUGGGAGAAUACACUUUGACCUCAAGGAGAAUGACACAAUAACAGUGAGAUUGAAUAACAACUACAAUACAUAUAGCUUCGGCGGCAAGAAAAAACUGGUCCUCUCAACUGCAACCUGGCUUGGGGGGAAGAACGACUUUCUUGGCUUUGCGUACCUUAUAGUUGGCGGGCUCUGCAUUUUCCUGGCAUUUGCAUUCACCUUGCUGUACUUCGUAAAACCAAGGAAACUGGGAGACCACAACUACUUAUCCUGGAACAGACACCCUGCAGGACGCUAAGAUGUUUUGGAAUGCCAAGUGUCCAUGCUACUUGAAGUGUAACUUGUAUGAAAUGAAAUGCUCUGAACCAGAAAUCUGUUGGGCAUAUGCAAGUAUGGUUCAGGCUAGAACUUCAUGUACAUUUUUUUACAAAAGGGAUCUAGGUGGCUACGUGAUUUUGUUUCUUGUGUUCUUUAGAGCUGCAUGUAGCAGUGAUCAUGAGAAUACCUAUACCUAUAGAUCUCUAAUGGCUUGCUUCGUGGUAUGAGCGCUCUAAACGGUUUCCGCUAAUAGUUUACUAUGUGAUGUUCAUGCUUCGACUACCGAAGAUCUGUUAUCAGUCAAGGGUGCCUAGGUAACGAUUGAUGUAGAUUGAUUGUAAUAUCCUCAAAGGGAAACAGUACCAACUUCUGUACAAAUCGAUCACUGUCUGAUGUUUGUUUGUCUACUA